AUGAGCUACAAACCUCGCAACAUUGAACCCGGUUCUUAUCCGUUCCCUAGGCGACAAGUGCCGGUUGAUGGGCAAAAGUCGUACUCUGACCGUAUCAAAUGUCUAUCUAUGGAAGGAAAAGCAACCACUUGCAUUGAUCCUGUUAAUAUCGGAUUCAAGGCUGACAUUCCAAAAAGAAUUAACAAAGCCGGUCGAAAGUCUGAGCUUGAGCUUUUGGCUCGCCAUCGACAACUCAAGGUAUCAAUUGAUGAAAUCGAUGAUCCAGACGAGGAUUGUGAGGCUUCACAUCGUAGAUAUCUUGCAGCAGACCACUAUGGCCUUUUUAAAGACCUAUUUGGACCUCAUCAUUAUUUCAUUCCGGUCGUAGAUGUUCCCGUUUAUUACCCCCUUGUAAAUACUUCCGAAGUAGUUCCUGUAUGCUACGGAAACCACAUCAGUCCAGGAAAUGCGAUGAGUGAACCGUUGAUUGACUUUUCUCACUUGCCAAAAGACUCUUUGUGGACCCUAAUUAUGACUUCUCCUGACGAGCCCUUUUUGGAUGAAAGUAAUACUCAACUUUCUGAAUACAUCCAUUGGAUGAUUGUCAACAUAGAUCCGGACGUAUCUCAAGACAAACUUCCCAGGACUGGCGAUCUGAUUGUUGAUUAUUUACCACCGCUACCUUAUCUGGGCUCUGGGUUUCAUCGAUACGUCUUCGUUCUGUAUCGACAAGAUAAUGGUCCAAUUGAUCUGUCUGAGGAGUUGCGUGGCCCUGUACGGAGAAAUUAUCAUGAGGAACGCAUUUUCAGCACAGCAAAUUUCUAUCGCCUCUAUCAAGACACACUAACACCAUCUGGAUUGGCUUUUUUCCAGUCCUCCUGGGACAAGCAUGUUCGAACUUACUUCCGUGAACACUUGCCCGAAACUAAGGAGCCAAUCUUUGAGAUUCAGUUUGCCGCGGAGAUGCCACCACCGCAGGCACGCUUUCCUGUGGUCAACUCCUGGUUCCAUGCUCGUCGCCAUCCCUGCGGUCUGCCUCUGGCAAACAACCGCCUAGGUGUGCACGAAGACGUCUCUUUUGAUUGCUACCUAGACCGCUACCGUGAUAAACGCGAAAUGGAUGAGGAGUUAGUGCAACUACGUCUUGCCAUUGAGGGCAACCCUCUGGAUCCAGAGCAACCACGCUCUCAAUCACCAUAUCCUUUGGUUAGCCCCGAACUCCCUUCAUAUCGUGAUGUGCCAUCUUGGUGGAGGCAACAAGAGAUUCAACGACGCCUACGCAAAGGCCGAUGGGCCCAGCUGGAAGGUCAUGAGGACUGA